UAAACAAUUGAUUCACAGUCAACAAUCACCCACUAUCAUUCCAUUAAUUCGAUAUUCUAUUUCAAAAAAAGCAAAUUAAUCUAAGAAGUUAGUAAACACCCGAUUAUUAAGUCACAACAAUUUAAUUAAAUUUUCUAAUAAUACAUUGAGUUUUGGCAUUCAAAGAUAAGCCACACGAGUCGUCGAAACAAUUUGAUAAAUGCCAUACGGCUUUUCUUCGUAUCCACUCAAAAUAUGCUGUAUAAAAGAAGCAACAAAAUUCGCAAAAACCAUCAAAAGAGUUAAAAACCUUAAAGCAAAAAGUUAAAAUUCAAAAAAAAACCACAAAAAUAAAUUAAAAAUGCGUUCAAUCAUCAUUUUGGUUCUUCUCGCCUUCAUCGCUUGUGCCAUGUGUGAAGACACUUUCAUGUUGAAACCAAUGGACUCAUGUGAAGCUCACGCUGCAUGCGAUUCUGACAAUGAUAUUUCAAUUCCAGUUGGACACAAGGCAGCAUGCACAAUAGGUUGGUGUAUUGAUAUGUGUUUGUCGAUUAUGAGUCCACCGUUCAGUGCUCAAUGCUCUGGAAAUUACUGUAUCUGCAGAAAAUUGUAGAUUGAUGUGCCUUCUUUUAAAUCAAUGCAUUAAAUUUCUUUUAAAUUAUUGAAUAUUAUUUUAAUAAAAUUAUUUU